AUGCAGAAGUACUACAUCAAGCGGCCUGACGGGACGCUUACGUCCCACUACGGGGCUGCACCCGGCGCUGCGCCCGCGCCCGGCGCUGCGCCUGCGCCCCGGGCUGCGCCCGGCGCUCUGCCCGGCCCUGCAGCUUUGCGAACGGGGCAGCCUGCUUCCAUCAAAGCAGCUGUGGUGCCGGCAGCGAUUGCGCCUGGCAAGACCGCAGCUGCAGUGCCUGGCAAGAUGCGCAUGUCCCCGCACCACUCGUCAGUGCCAUACGCCGUCCCUCCAGGCCGUCCAGCUGCGGCUGGCCCUCCGCCAGCCACUCCAACUGCAAAGAUUUCCGACGAGGACGUGAAGAAAGCGCAGGCAGCCUGGGCCAGUGCAAUCAAGGGCAUCUCCAAGACAUACCUUGAUGGAGGAGACUAUGUCGCCGCUGCUGCCAAAGCAGCUGGUGAACUCUAUGGCUAUGGCCACACGGACGUGCUCUUCAAGCCAACCAAGGCAGCCAAAGCACCAUUUCGACCAACUGCUGCAGAUGCCAUGUCUUACUUUGUUGGGCAUGAGGCGGUCGAGAAUGGCUAUGCCGAGGACGCGGGCUUUGCCAUCAACGGUGGCAAGGGAUGGUCAGACGUGGUCUUUCGCAACCACCAGGUGGAUGUUUGCGGCAAUGUCGCCAUUGCCAUGGGCAAUUACUUCUUCACGAGCGCUGCAGACGGGAGCAAGACCAAAGUGGAGUACACGUUCGGCUACAAGAAGAAUGCCGACGGCAAGGUGCGCAUCUUCCUCCACCACUCGUCAGUGCCGUUUACUUCUCCAACUGCCGAGAUUUCCGCAGAAGAAGUGCAGAAUGCGCAGGCGGCAUGGGCCAGCGCCAUCAAGAGCAUCUCCAAGACCUACCUUGAUGGAGGCGACUACGUUGCAGCUGCCGCCAAAGCGGCUGGUGAGCUCUAUGGCUACGGCCACACAGACGUGCUCUUCAAGCCCACUAAGGCAGCCGAAGCACCCUUUCGACCAACCGGUGCAGAUGCCAUGUCUUACUUUGUUGGGCACAAGGCGGUCGAGAAUGGCUACGCCGAGGACGCCGGCUUUGCCAUCAAUGGUGGCAAGGGAUGGUCGGACGUGGUCUUCGAGAAUCACCAAAUCGAUCUGACUGCUAAGGUUGCAAUUGCCAUGGGCACCUACUUCUUCACCAGUGCUGCAGACGGGAGCAAGACCAAAGUUGAGUACACCUUCGGUUACAAGAAGAAUGCCGAUGGCAAGGUUCGCAUCUUCCUCCACCACUCGUCAGUGCCUUACACUCUGCCUCCUGCCACUCCAACUGCAAAGAUUUCCGAAGAGGACGUGAAGAGUGUGCAGUCAGCAUGGGCCAAUGCCAUUAAGAGCAUCUCCAAGACCUACCUUGAUGGAGGCGACUACGUUGCCGCUGCUGCCAAAGCAGCUGGUGAGCUCUAUGGCUACGGCCACACGGACGUGCUCUUCAAACCCACUAAGGCAGCCGAAGCACCAUUUCGACCGACAGCCGCAGAUGCCAUGUCUUACUUCGUUGGGCACAAAGCGGUCGAGAAUGGCUAUCUUGAGGAUGCUGGCUUUGCCAUCAACGGCGGAAAGGGAUGGUCAGACGUGGUGUUCCAGAACCACCAAAUCGACGUCAGCGGCAAUGUUGCCGUUGCUAUGGGUACGUACGCCUUCACCAGUGCUGCAGAUGGAAGCAAGACCACAGUUGAGUACACCUUCGGCUACAAGAGGAAUGCGGAUGACAAGGUGCGCAUCUGCCUCCACCACUCCUCAGUGCCUUUCAGCCUUCCUCCAACUUCCCAUCUUUCAGAACAAGAAGUCAAGAAUGCGCAGACAGCAUGGGCCUGCGCUAUCAAGAGUAUCUCCCAAACCUACCUCGAUGGAGGAGACUACGUUGCAGCUGCCGCCAAAGCAGCUGGUGAGCUGUACGGCUACGGCCACACGGACGUGCUCUUCAAGCCAACCAAGGCAGCCGACGCACCAUUUCGACCAACUGCUGAAGAUGCCAUGUCCUACUUUGUUGGGCAUGAAUCUGUCGAGAAUGGCCAUGCUGAGGAUGCUGGCUUUGCCAUCAAUGGUGGCAAGGGAUGGUCUGAUGUGGUUUUUGACAACCACAAGAUUGAUAUCACUGGCAACACCGCCCUUGCCAUGGGCACCUACUUCUUCACCAGCGCUGCAGAUGGGAGCAAGACCAAGGUGGAGUACACGUUCGGCUACAGGAAGAAUGCGGACGGCAAGGUGCGCAUCUGCCUCCACCACUCGUCGGUGCCAUACAGCAUAACCCCAGCCUCUCCAAUUGCCGAGAUUACUGAAGCGGAAGUGAAAUGUGUGCAGGGAGCAUGGGCCAGGGCUAUCAAGGGUAUCUCUCAGACCUACCUUGAAGGAGGCGACUAUGUCACUGCUGCUGCAAGAGCAGCUGGUGAUCUCUAUGGCUAUGGCCACACAAACGUGCUCUUCAAGCCAACCAAGGCAGCCGCAAAGCAGUUUCGACCAACCGGCGCAGAUGCCAUGUCUUACUUUGUUGGGCACAAAGCGGUCGAGAAUGGCUAUGCUGAGGACGCUGGCUUUGCCAUCAACGGUGGCAAGGGAUGGUCUGACGUGGUGUUCCAGAACCACCAAAUCGAUGUCAGCGGCAAUGUUGCCAUUGCCAUGGGCACCUACUUCUUCACCAGCGCUGCAGAUGGGAGCAAGACAAAAGUUGAGUACACCUUCGGCUACAAGAGGAACGCCGAUGGCAAGGUGCGCAUCUUCCUGCACCACUCGUCAGUCCCGUAUAGUCUGCCUCCCACCGCUCCAACUGCGGAUAUUGCCGAAGAGGAAGUGGAGAGUGUGCAGGCAGCAUGGGCCAGCGCCAUCAAGAGUAUCUCCAAGACCUACCUUGAUGGAGGCGACUACGUGGCAGCUGCUGCCAAAGCAGCUGGUGAUCUCUAUGGCUAUGGCCACACAAAUGUGCUCUUCAAGCCAACCAAAGCAGCUAAGGCACCGUUUCGGCCAACCGGCGCAGAUGCCAUGUCCUACUUUGUUGGACAAAAAGCUGUCGAGAAUGGGUAUCUUGAGGACGCUGGCUUUGCCAUCAACGGUGGAAAAGGAUGGUCUGACGUCGUUUUUGACAACCACAAGAUUGAUAUCACUGGCAAUGUCGCCAUUGCCAUGGGCACCUACUUUUUCACCAGCGCUGCAGACGGGAGCAAGACCAAAGUUGAGUACACCUUUGGCUACAAGAAGAAUGCGGACGGCAAGGUGCGCAUCUUCCUCCACCACUCUUCUGUGCCUUACAGCCCUGCCCAAGCCUCUGCAACUACAGAGGUUUCAGAAGAUGCAGUAGCAACUGCCCAGGCAGCAUGGGCUAACGCUAUCAAGAGCAUCUCCAAGACCUACCUUGAUGGAGGCGACUAUGUUGCAGCUGCCGCCAAAGCAGCUGGUGAGCUCUAUGGCUAUGGGCACACAGAUGUGCUCUUCAAACCCACCAAGGCAGCCGAAGCACCAUUUCGACCAACCGGCGCAGAUGCCAUGUCUUACUUUGUUGGGCACAAAGCGGUCGAGAAUGGCUAUGCCGAGGACGCUGGCUUUGCCAUCAAUGGCGGCAAAGGAUGGUCUGACGUGGUGUUCCAGAACCACCAAAUCGACGUCAGCGGCAAUGUUGCCAUUGCCAUGGGCACCUACUUCUUCACCAGCGCUGCAGAUGGGAGCAAGACAAAAGUUGAGUACACCUUCGGCUACAAGAGGAACGCCGAUGGCAAGGUGCGCAUCUUCCUGCACCACUCGUCGGUGCCCUAUAGUCUGCCUCCCACCGCCUCAACAGCAAAGGUUUCUGAAGAGCAAGUGAAGAGUGUGCAGGCAGCAUGGGCCAGUGCCAUCAAGAGCAUCUCCAAGACCUACCUUGGUGGAGGAGACUACGUUGCAGCUGCUGCCAAAGCAGCUGGCGAGCUCUACGGCUAUGGCCACACAAAUGUGCUCUUCAAGCCCACCAAGGCAGCCGACGCACCAUUUCGACCAACCGGCGCAGAUGCCAUGUCCUACUUUGUUGGGCACAAGGCGGUCGAGAAUGGCUACCUUGAGGAUGCUGGCUUUGCCAUCAACGGUGGCAAGGGAUGGUCUGACGUGGUGUUCCAGAACCACAAAAUCGACGCCAGCGGCGACGUUGCCCUUGCCAUGGGCACCUACUUCUUCACCAGCGCUGCAGAUGGGAGCAGGGCCAAGGUUGAGUACACCUUCGGCUACAAGAAGAAUGCCGACGGCAAGGUGCGCAUCUGCCUCCACCACUCGUCAGUGCCAUUCACUGACAAGUCAAAGGUGCAACCUGCAACGGUGAUGGGCCAAGUCCUUGAGUUUGACGUGGCAUCGCUGCCCCGGGAUUGCAGGGUGUACGAUCUCAAGAGGCAGAUUUCCAGCAAACUGUCCUGCCCGACCUUCAGGCUUACCCUUGUGAACGGCGACGCGGUCCUGGAGAGUCAGGAUUGCUGGCAGGCGAUCGGCAAACCGAUGGCCCUGUCAGUGGUGGAAGCCUGCCCUCCUACAAGUUGGGUGCACGACUAUCGGGGGGAGCUCCUGGAGGCCGUCUUUGCCGGUGACGUCUUUGGGGUGGAUGUGAUAUUGGCAAAGGGCCAGAGCCCAGAGACCCUUGCUUUCGGAGGGGAAUCGGUGCUUUUUGCUGCUGCAAGGAAUGGACUUCUCGAUGUGGCGCGGGCACUCGUCGAUGCUGGUGCAAACAUGCACCAUCGCUGCCGAGGAUUCUUUACACCUUUGUACAUUGUGUUGAUGCUGGUGUCUCUGGGCAAUGCUAUGUCCGGACCGCCCUUGUUUGCACCUGAACCUCGUGUUCCAAAGGAGGUGGCCGAGGGAAUCUUCCUACAUGUUGCCGAAUUCAUUUGUGAGGGGCGGGCCAUUCAAAGUCCUGCUGCGCCUGGUAGCAGGUCGCUCAUCUUCAGAAGCACCGGCAGGUGGUUUGGUGGCCGGACCAUGUCGUUGUGGGCUCAGUACUCCUUUUCUCGUGUUAGCUGCUGCGAAGAGAAGAGCAAUUUUGCUUCUCUUCUGAAAUCGCUGCUGCGCACCUUAGUUGGCCAGUGCUCAAGUUUCAUCGACGUCGUGCCUGAAGCAAUGCAGAAGUACUACAUCAAGCAGCCUGACGGGACGCUUACGUCCCACUACGGGCCCGCGCCCGGCGCUGCGCCCGCGCCCGGCGCUGCGCCCGGCGCUCUGCCCGGCCCUGCAGCUUUGCGAACGGGGCAGCCUGCUUCCAUCAGAGCAGCGGUGCCUGGUCAGACGGCAGCGAUGGCGCCUGGCAAGACCGCAGCUGCAGUGCCUGGCAAGAUGCGCAUCUCCCCGCACCACUCGUCAGUGACAUACGCCGUCCCUCCAGGCCGUCCAGCUGCGGUUGGUCCGCCAGCCACUCCAACUGCAAAGAUUUCCGACGAGGACGUGAAGAAAGCGCAGGCAGCCUGGGCCAGUGCAAUCAAGGGCAUCUCCAAGACAUACCUUGAUGGAGGAGACUAUGUCACCGCUGCUGCCAAAGCAGCUGGUGAGCUCUAUGGCUAUGGCCACACGGACGUGCUCUUCAAGCCAACCAAGGCAGCCAAAGCACCAUUUCGACCAACUGCUGCAGACGCCAUGUCUUACUUCGUUGGGCACAAAGCGGUCGAGAAUGGCUAUCUUGAGGAUGCUGGCUUUGCCAUCAACGGCGGAAAGGGAUGGUCAGACGUGGUCUUUCGCAACCACCAGGUGGAUGUUUGCGGCAAUGUUGCCAUUGCCAUGGGCAAUUACUUCUUCACGAGCGCUGCAGACGGGAGCAAGACCAAAGUGGAGUACACGUUCGGCUACAAGAAGAAUGCCGACGGCAAGGUGCGCAUCUUCCUCCACCACUCGUCAGUGCCGUUUGCUUCUCCAACUGCCGAGAUUUCCGCAGAAGAAGUGCAGAAUGCGCAGGCAGCAUGGGCCAGCGCCAUCAAGAGCAUCUCCAAGACCUACCUUGAUGGAGGCGACUACGUUGCAGCUGCCGCCAAAGCAGCUGGUGAGCUCUAUGGCUACGGCCACACAGACGUGCUCUUCAAGCCGACUAAGGCAGCCGAAGCACCAUUUCGACCAACCGGCGCAGAUGCCAUGUCUUACUUUGUAGGGCACAAGGCGGUCGAGAAUGGCUAUGCCGAGGACGCCGGCUUUGCCAUCAAUGGUGGCAAGGGAUGGUCGGACGUGGUCUUCGAGAAUCACCAAAUCGAUCUGACUGCUAAGGUUGCCAUUGCCAUGGGCACCUACUUCUUCACCAGCGCCGCAGAUGGGAGCAAGACCAAAGUUGAGUACACCUUCGGUUACAAGAAGAAUGCCGAUGGCAAGGUUCGCAUCUUCCUCCACCACUCGUCAGUGCCUUACACUCUGCCCCCUGCCACUCCAACUGCGAAGAUUUCCGAAGAGGACGUGAAGAGUGUGCAGUCAGCAUGGGCCAAUGCCAUUAAGAGCAUCUCCAAGACCUACCUUGAUGGAGGCGACUACGUUGCCGCUGCCGCCAAAGCAGCUGGUGAGCUCUAUGGCUACGGCCACACGGACGUGCUCUUCAAGCCCACUAAGGCAGCCGAAGCACCAUUUCGACCGACAGCCGCAGAUGCCAUGUCUUACUUCGUUGGGCACAAAGCGGUCGAGAAUGGCUAUCUUGAGGAUGCUGGCUUUGCCAUCAACGGCGGAAAGGGAUGGUCAGACGUGGUGUUUCAGAACCACAAAAUCGACGUCAGCGGCAAUGUUGCCGUUGCUAUGGGUACGUACGCCUUCACCAGUGCUGCAGAUGGAAGCAAGACAACAGUUGAGUACACCUUCGGCUACAAGAAGAAUGCGGACGGCAAGGUGCGCAUCUGCCUCCACCACUCGUCAGUGCCUUUCAGCCUUCCUCCAACUUCCCAUCUUUCAGAACAAGAAGUCAAGAAUGCGCAGACAGCAUGGGCCUGCGCUAUCAAGAGUAUCUCCCAAACCUACCUCGAUGGAGGAGACUACGUUGCAGCUGCCGCCAAAGCAGCUGGUGAGCUCUACGGCUAUGGCCACACAAAUGUGCUCUUCAAGCCAACCAAGGCAGCCGACGCACCAUUUCGACCAACUGCUGAAGAUGCCAUGUCCUACUUUGUUGGGCAUGAAUCUGUCGAGAAUGGCCAUGCUGAGGAUGCUGGCUUUGCCAUCAAUGGUGGCAAGGGAUGGUCUGAUGUGGUUUUUGACAACCACAAGAUUGAUAUCACUGGCAACACCGCCCUUGCCAUGGGCACCUACUUCUUCACCAGCGCUGCAGAUGGGAGCAAGACCAAGGUGGAGUACACGUUCGGAUACAGGAAGAAUGCGGACGGCAAGGUGCGCAUCUGCCUCCACCACUCGUCGGUGCCAUACAGCAUAACCCCAGCCUCUCCAAUUGCCGAGAUUACUGAAGCGGAAGUGAAAUGUGUGCAGGGAGCAUGGGCCAGGGCUAUCAAGGGUAUCUCUCAGACCUACCUUGAAGGAGGCGACUAUGUCACUGCUGCUGCAAGAGCAGCUGGUGAGCUCUAUGGCUAUGGCCACACAAACGUGCUCUUCAAGCCAACCAAGGCAGCCGCAAAGCAGUUUCGACCAACCGGCGCAGAUGCCAUGUCUUACUUUGUUGGGCACAAAGCGGUCGAGAAUGGCUAUGCUGAGGACGCUGGCUUUGCCAUCAACGGUGGCAAGGGAUGGUCGGACGUGGUGUUCCAGAACCACAAGAUCGAUGUCAAUGGCACUGUCGCCAUUGCCAUGGGCACCUACUUCUUCACAAGCGCUGCAGAUGGAAGCAAGACCACAGUUGAGUACACCUUCGGCUACAAGAGGAACGCCGAUGGCAAGGUGCGCAUCUUCCUCCACCACUCGUCAGUGCCGUAUAGUCUGCCCCCCACCGCUCCAACUGCGGAUAUUGCCGAAGAGGAAGUGGAGAGUGUGCAGGCAGCAUGGGCCAGCGCCAUCAAGAGCAUCUCCAAGACUUACCUUGAUGGAGGCGACUACGUGGCAGCUGCUGCCAAAGCAGCUGGUGAGCUCUACGGCUAUGGCCACACAAAUGUGCUCUUCAAGCCCACCAAAGCAGCUAAGGCACCGUUUCGACCAACCGGCGCAGAUGCCAUGUCUUACUUUGUUGGACACAAAGCUGUCGAGAAUGGGUAUCUUGAGGAUGCUGGCUUCGCCAUCAAUGGCGGAAAAGGAUGGUCUGACGUCGUUUUUGACAACCACAAGAUUGACAUCACUGGCAAUGUCGCCAUUGCCAUGGGCACCUACUUUUUCACCAGCGCUGCAGAUGGGAGCAAGACCAAAGUUGAGUACACCUUUGGCUACAAGAAGAAUUCGGACGGCAAGGUGCGCAUCUUCCUCCACCAUUCUUCUGUGCCUUACAGCCCUCAAGCGUCUGCAACUACCGAGGUUUCAGAAGAUGCAGUAGCAACUGCCCAGGCAGCAUGGGCUAGCGCUAUCAAGAGCAUCUCCAAGACCUACCUUGAUGGAGGCGACUAUGUUGCAGCUGCCGCCAAAGCAGCUGGUGAGCUCUAUGGCUAUGGGCACACAGAUGUGCUCUUCAAACCCACCAAGGCAGCCGAAGCACCAUUUCGACCAACCGGCGCAGAUGCCAUGUCUUACUUUGUUGGGCAUAAGGCGGUCGAGAAUGGCUAUGCCGAGGACGCGGGCUUUGCCAUCAAUGGCGGCAAAGGAUGGUCUGAUGUGGUGUUCCAGAACCACCAAAUCGACGUCAGCGGCAAUGUUGCCAUUGCCAUGGGCACCUACUUCUUCACCAGCGCUGCAGAUGGGAGCAAGACCAAAGUUGAGUACACCUUCGGCUACAAGAGGAACGCCGAUGGCAAGGUGCGCAUCUUCCUCCACCACUCGUCGGUGCCCUAUAGUCUGCCUCCCACCGCCUCAACAGCAAAGGUUUCUGAAGAGCAAGUGAAGAGUGUGCAGGCAGCAUGGGCCAGCGCCAUCAAGAGCAUCUCCAAGACCUACCUUGGUGGAGGAGAUUAUGUUGCAGCUGCUGCCAAAGCAGCUGGCGAGCUCUACGGCUAUGGCCACACAAAUGUGCUCUUCAAGCCCACCAAGGCAGCCGCCGCACCAUUUCGACCAACCGGCGCAGAUGCCAUGUCCUACUUUGUUGGGCACAAGGCGGUGGAGAAUGGCUAUCUUGAGGAUGCUGGCUUUGCCAUCAACGGUGGCAAGGGAUGGUCGGACGUGGUGUUCCAGAACCACAAAAUCGAUGUCAGCGGCGACGUUGCCCUUGCCAUGGGCACCUACUUCUUCACCAGCGCUGCAGAUGGGAGCAAGACCAAGGUUGAGUACACCUUCGGCUACAAGAAGAAUGCGGACGGCAAGGUGCGCAUCUGCCUCCACCACUCGUCAGUGCCAUUCGCUGACAAGUCAAAGGUGCAGCCUGCAACGGUGAUGGGCCAAGUUUCCGAACGGACGAGGGGUGAACGUUUGCAGCGAGCCAAAGAGGCUAAGGUCACAGAGACUGCCUGGAAGCUCUCGAGGUCUCCGCUGAGAGGCUUUUCCUCUCUUGGCGAGCGCGGGACUGCAAAGAAGAAGAGCAAUUUUGCUUCUCUUCUGAAAUCGCUGCUGCGCACCUUAGUUGGCCAGUGCUCAAGUUUCAUCGACGUCGUGCCUGAAGCAAUGCAGAAGUACUACAUCAAGCAGCCUGACGGGACGCUUACGUCCCACUACGGGGCUGCGCCCGGCGCUGUGCCCGCGCCCGGCGCUGCGCCUGCGCCCCGGGCUGCGCCCGGCGCUCUGCCCGGCCCUGCAGCUUUGCGAACGGGGCAGCCUGCUUCCAUCAGAGCAGCUGUGGUGCCUGGUCAGACGGCAACGAUGGCGCUUGGCAAGACCGCAGCUGCAGUGCCUGGCAAGAUGCGCAUCUCCCCGCACCACUCGUCAGUGCCAUACGCCGUCCCUCCAGGCCGUCCAGCUGCGGUUGGUCCGCCAGCCACUCCAACUGCAAAGAUUUCCGACGAGGACGUGAAGAAAGCGCAGGCAGCCUGGGCCAGUGCAAUCAAGGGCAUCUCCAAGACAUACCUUGAUGGAGGAGACUAUGUCGCCGCUGCUGCCAAAGCAGCUGGUGAACUCUAUGGCUAUGGCCACACGGACGUGCUCUUCAAGCCAACCAAGGCAGCCAAAGCACCAUUUCGACCAACUGCUGCAGAUGCCAUGUCUUACUUCGUUGGGCACAAAGCGGUCGAGAAUGGCUAUCUUGAGGAUGCUGGCUUUGCCAUCAACGGCGGAAAGGGAUGGUCAGACGUGGUCUUUCGCAACCACCAGGUGGAUGUUUGCGGCAAUGUUGCCAUUGCCAUGGGCAAUUACUUUUUCACGAGCGCUGCAGAUGGAAGCAAGACCAAAGUGGAGUACACGUUCGGCUACAAGAAGAAUGCCGACGGCAAGGUGCGCAUCUUCCUCCACCACUCGUCAGUGCCGUUUGCUUCUCCAACUGCCGAGAUUUCCGCAGAGGAAGUGCAGAAUGCGCAGGCAGCAUGGGCCAGCGCCAUCAAGAGCAUCUCCAAGACUUACCUUGAUGGAGGCGACUACGUUGCCGCUGCCGCCAAAGCAGCUGGUGAGCUGUAUGGCUACGAUGCCAUGUCUUACUUUGUUGGGCACAAGGCGGUCGAGAAUGGCUACGCCGAGGACGCUGGCUUUGCCAUCAAUGGUGGCAAGGGAUGGUCGGACGUGGUCUUCGAAAAUCACCAAAUCGAUCUGACUGCUAAGGUUGCCAUUGCCAUGGGCACCUACUUCUUCACCAGCGCCGCAGAUGGGAGCAAGACCAAAGUUGAGUACACCUUCGGUUACAAGAAGAAUGCCGACGGCAAGGUUCGCAUCUUCCUCCACCACUCGUCAGUGCCUUACACUCUGCCCCCUGCCACUCCAACUGCGAAGAUUUCAGAAGAGGACGUGAAGAGUGUGCAGUCAGCAUGGGCCAAUGCCAUUAAGAGCAUCUCCAAGACCUACCUUGAUGGAGGAGACUACGUUGCCGCUGCUGCCAAAGCAGCUGGUGAGCUCUAUGGCUAUGGCCACACGGACGUGCUCUUCAAGCCCACUAAGGCAGCCGAAGCACCAUUUCGACCGACAGCCGCAGAUGCCAUGUCUUACUUCGUUGGGCACAAAGCGGUCGAGAAUGGCUAUCUUGAGGAUGCUGGCUUUGCCAUCAACGGCGGAAAGGGAUGGUCAGACGUGGUGUUCCAGAACCACAAAAUCGACGUCAGCGGCAAUGUUGCCAUUGCUAUGGGUACGUACGCCUUCACCAGUGCUGCAGAUGGAAGCAAGACCACAGUUGAGUACACCUUCGGCUACAAGAGGAAUGCGGAUGACAAGGUGCGCAUCUGCCUCCACCACUCCUCAGUGCCUUUCAGCCUUCCUCCAACUUCCCAUCUUUCAGCACAAGAAGUCAAGAAUGCGCAGACAGCAUGGGCCUGCGCUAUCAAGAGUAUCUCCCAAACCUACCUCGAUGGAGGAGACUACGUUGCAGCUGCCGCCAAAGCAGCUGGUGAGCUGUACGGCUACGGCCACACGGACGUGCUCUUCAAGCCAACCAAGGCAGCCGACGCACCAUUUCGACCAACUGCUGAAGAUGCCAUGUCCUACUUUGUUGGGCAUGAAUCUGUCGAGAAUGGCCAUGCUGAGGAUGCUGGCUUUGCCAUCAAUGGUGGCAAGGGAUGGUCUGAUGUGGUUUUUGACAACCACAAGAUUGAUAUCACUGGCAACACCGCCCUUGCCAUGGGCACCUACUUCUUCACCAGCGCUGCAGAUGGGAGCAAGACCAAGGUGGAGUACACGUUCGGAUACAGGAAGAAUGCGGACGGCAAGGUGCGCAUCUGCCUCCACCACUCGUCGGUGCCAUACAGCAUAACCCCAGCCUCUCCAAUUGCCGAGAUUACUGAAGCGGAAGUGAAAUGUGUGCAGGGAGCAUGGGCCAGGGCUAUCAAGGGUAUCUCUCAGACCUACCUUGAAGGAGGCGACUAUGUCACUGCUGCUGCAAGAGCAGCUGGUGAGCUCUAUGGUUAUGGCCACACAAACGUGCUCUUCAAGCCAACCAAGGCAGCCGCAAAGCAGUUUCGACCAACCGGCGCAGAUGCCAUGUCUUACUUUGUUGGGCACAAAGCGGUCGAGAAUGGCUUUGCUGAGGAUGCUGGCUUUGCCAUCAACGGUGGCAAGGGAUGGUCUGACGUGGUGUUCCAGAACCACAAGAUCGAUGUCAAUGGCGCUGUCGCCAUUGCCAUGGGCACCUACUUCUUCACCAGCGCUGCAGAUGGAAGCAAGACCACAGUUGAGUACACCUUCGGCUACAAGAGGAACGCCGAUGGCAAGGUGCGCAUCUUCCUCCACCACUCGUCAGUCCCGUAUAGUCUGCCUCCCACCGCUCCAACUGCGGAUAUUGCCGAAGAGGAAGUGGAGAGUGUGCAGGCAGCGUGGGCCAGCGCCAUCAAGAGUAUCUCCAAGACCUACCUUGAUGGAGGAGACUACGUGGCAGCUGCUGCCCAAGCAGCUGGUGAGCUCUACGGCUAUGGCCACACAAAUGUGCUCUUCAAGCCCACCAAAGCAGCUAAGGCACCGUUUCGACCAACCGGCGCAGAUGCCAUGUCCUACUUUGUUGGACACAAAGCUGUCGAGAAUGGGUAUCUUGAGGAUGCUGGCUUUGCCAUCAACGGUGGAAAAGGAUGGUCUGACGUCGUUUUUGACAACCACAAGAUUGACAUCACUGGCAAUGUGGCCAUUGCCAUGGGCACCUACUUCUUCACCAGCGCUGCAGACGGGAGCAAGACCAAAGUUGAGUACACCUUUGGCUACAAGAAGAAUGCGGACGGCAAGGUGCGCAUCUUCCUCCACCACUCUUCUGUGCCUUACAGCCCUGCCCAAGCCUCUGCAACUACCGAGGUUUCAGAAGAUGCAGUAGCAACUGCCCAGGCAGCAUGGGCUAGCGCUAUCAAGAGCAUCUCCAAGACCUACCUUGAUGGAGGCGACUAUGUUGCAGCUGCCGCCAAAGCGGCUGGUGAGCUCUAUGGCUAUGGCCACACAGAUGUGCUCUUCAAACCCACCAAGGCAGCCGAAGCACCAUUUCGACCAACCGGCGCAGAUGCCAUGUCUUACUUUGUUGGGCACAAGGCGGUCGAGAAUGGCUAUGCCGAGGACGCUGGCUUUGCCAUCAAUGGCGGCAAAGGAUGGUCUGAUGUGGUGUUCCAGAACCACCAAAUCGACGUCAGCGGCAAUGUUGCCAUUGCCAUGGGCACCUACUUCUUCACCAGCGCUGCAGAUGGGAGCAAGACAAAAGUUGAGUACACCUUCGGCUACAAGAGGAACGCCGAUGGCAAGGUGCGCAUCUUCCUCCACCACUCGUCGGUGCCCUAUAGUCUGCCUCCCACCGCCUCAACAGCAAAGGUUUCUGAAGAGCAAGUGAAGAGUGUGCAGGCAGCAUGGGCCGGCGCCAUUAAGAGCAUCUCCAAGACCUACCUUGGUGGAGGAGAUUAUGUUGCAGCUGCUGCCAAAGCAGCUGGUGAGCUCUAUGGCUAUGGCCACACAAAUGUGCUCUUCAAGCCCACCAAGGCAGCCGAAGCACCAUUUCGACCGACUGGCGCAGAUGCCAUGUCUUACUUUGUUGGACAUAAAGCUGUCGAGAAUGGGUAUGUUGAGGAUGCUGGAUUUGCCAUCAACGGUGGCAAGGGAUGGUCGGACGUGGUGUUCCAGAACCACAAAAUCGACGUCAGCGGCGACGUUGCCCUUGCCAUGGGCACCUACUUCUUCACCAGCGCUGCAGAUGGGAGCAAGACCAAGGUUGAGUACACCUUCGGCUACAAGAAGAAUGCGGACGGCAAGGUGCGCAUCUGCCUCCACCACUCGUCAGUGCCAUUCACUGACAAGUCAAAGGUGCAGCCUGCAACGGUGAUGGGCCAGGUUUCCGAACGGACGAGGGGUGAACGUUUGCAGCGAGCCAAAGAGGCUAAGGAAGCAAAGAAGAAGAGCAAUUUUGCUUCUCUUCUGAAAUCGCUGUUGCGCACCUUAGUUGACCAGUGCUCAAGUUUCAUCGACGUCGUGCCUGAAGCAAUGCAGAAGUACUACAUCAAGCAGCCAGACGGGACGCUUACGUCCCACUACGGGGCUGCGCCCGGCGCUGUGCCCGCGCCCGGCGCUGCGCCUGCGCCCCGGGCUGCGCCCGGCGCUCUGCCCGGCCCUGCAGCUUUGCGAACGGGGCAGCCUGCUUCCAUCAGAGCAGCUGUGGUGCCUGGUCAGACGGCAGCGAUGGCGCCUGGCAAGACCGCAGCUGCAGUGCCUGGCAAGAUGCGCAUCUCCCCGCACCACUCGUCAGUGCCAUACGCCGUCCCUCCAGGCCGUCCAGCUGCGGUUGGUCCGCCAGCCACUCCAACUGCAAAGAUUUCCGACGAGGACGUGAAGAAAGCGCAGGCAGCCUGGGCCAGUGCAAUCAAGGGCAUCUCCAAGACAUACCUUGAUGGAGGAGACUAUGUCGCCGCUGCUGCCAAAGCAGCUGGUGAACUCUAUGGCUAUGGCCACACGGACGUGCUCUUCAAGCCCACCAAGGCAGCCAAAGCACCAUUUCGACCAACUGCUGCAGAUGCCAUGUCUUACUUCGUUGGGCACAAAGCGGUCGAGAAUGGCUAUCUUGAGGAUGCUGGCUUUGCCAUCAACGGCGGAAAGGGAUGGUCAGACGUGGUCUUUCGCAACCACCAGGUGGAUGUUUCCGGCAAUGUUGCCAUUGCCAUGGGCAAUUACUUUUUCACGAGCGCUGCAGAUGGAAGCAAGACCAAAGUGGAGUACACGUUCGGCUACAAGAAGAAUGCCGACGGCAAGGUGCGCAUCUUCCUCCACCACUCGUCAGUGCCGUUUGCUUCUCCAACUACCGAGAUUUCCGCAGAGGAAGUGCAGAAUGCGCAGGCAGCAUGGGCCAGCGCCAUCAAGAGCAUCUCCAAGACUUACCUUGAUGGAGGCGACUACGUUGCCGCUGCCGCCAAAGCAGCUGGUGAGCUGUAUGGCUACGAUGCCAUGUCUUACUUUGUUGGGCACAAGGCGGUCGAGAAUGGCUACGCCGAGGACGCUGGCUUUGCCAUCAAUGGUGGCAAGGGAUGGUCGGACGUGGUCUUCGAAAAUCACCAAAUCGAUCUGACUGCUAAGGUUGCCAUUGCCAUGGGCACCUACUUCUUCACCAGCGCCGCAGAUGGGAGCAAGACCAAAGUUGAGUACACCUUCGGUUACAAGAAGAAUGCCGACGGCAAGGUUCGCAUCUUCCUCCACCACUCGUCAGUGCCUUACACUCUGCCCCCUGCCACUCCAACUGCGAAGAUUUCAGAAGAGGACGUGAAGAGUGUGCAGUCAGCAUGGGCCAAUGCCAUUAAGAGCAUCUCCAAGACCUACCUUGAUGGAGGAGACUACGUUGCCGCUGCUGCCAAAGCAGCUGGUGAGCUCUAUGGCUAUGGCCACACGGACGUGCUCUUCAAGCCAACCAAGGCAGCCAAAGCACCAUUUCGACCAACUGCUGCAGAUGCCAUGUCUUACUUCGUUGGGCACAAAGCGGUCGAGAAUGGCUAUCUUGAGGAUGCUGGCUUUGCCAUCAACGGCGGAAAGGGAUGGUCAGACGUGGUCUUUCGCAACCACCAGGUGGAUGUUUGCGGCAAUGUUGCCAUUGCCAUGGGCAAUUACUUUUUCACGAGCGCUGCAGAUGGAAGCAAGACCAAAGUGGAGUACACGUUCGGCUACAAGAAGAAUGCCGACGGCAAGGUGCGCAUCUUCCUCCACCACUCGUCAGUGCCGUUUGCUUCUCCAACUGCCGAGAUUUCCGCAGAGGAAGUGCAGAAUGCGCAGGCAGCAUGGGCCAGCGCCAUCAAGAGCAUCUCCAAGACCUACCUUGAUGGAGGCGACUACGUUGCAGCUGCCGCCAAAGCAGCUGGUGAGCUGUAUGGCUACGGCCACACGGACGUGCUCUUCAAGAAGGCAGCCGAAGCACCCUUUCGACCAACCGGUGCAGAUGCCAUGUCUUACUUUGUUGGGCACAAGGCGGUCGAGAAUGGCUAUGUCGAGGAUGCUGGCUUUGCCAUCAAUGGUGGCAAGGGAUGGUCGGACGUGGUCUUCGAAAAUCACCAAAUCGAUCUGACUGCUAAGGUUGCCAUUGCCAUGGGCACCUACUUCUUCACCAGCGCCGCAGAUGGGAGCAAGACCAAAGUUGAGUACACCUUCGGUUACAAGAAGAAUGCCGACGGCAAGGUUCGCAUCUUCCUCCACCACUCGUCAGUGCCUUACACUCUGCCCCCUGCCACUCCAACUGCGAAGAUUUCAGAAGAGGACGUGAAGAGUGUGCAGUCAGCAUGGGCCAAUGCCAUUAAGAGCAUCUCCAAGACCUACCUUGAUGGAGGAGACUACGUUGCCGCUGCUGCCAAAGCAGCUGGUGAGCUCUAUGGCUAUGGCCACACGGACGUGCUCUUCAAGCCCACUAAGGCAGCCGAAGCACCAUUUCGACCGACAGCCGCAGAUGCCAUGUCUUACUUCGUUGGGCACAAAGCGGUCGAGAAUGGCUAUCUUGAGGAUGCUGGCUUUGCCAUCAACGGCGGAAAGGGAUGGUCAGACGUGGUGUUCCAGAACCACAAAAUCGACGUCAGCGGCAAUGUUGCCGUUGCUAUGGGUACGUACGCCUUCACCAGUGCUGCAGAUGGAAGCAAGACCACAGUUGAGUACACCUUCGGCUACAAGAGGAAUGCGGAUGACAAGGUGCGCAUCUGCCUCCACCACUCCUCAGUGCCUUUCAGCCUUCCUCCAACUUCCCAUCUUUCAGCACAAGAAGUCAAGAAUGCGCAGACAGCAUGGGCCUGCGCUAUCAAGAGUAUCUCCCAAACCUACCUCGAUGGAGGAGACUACGUUGCAGCUGCCGCCAAAGCAGCUGGUGAGCUGUACGGCUACGGCCACACGGACGUGCUCUUCAAGCCAACCAAGGCAGCCGACGCACCAUUUCGACCAACUGCUGAAGAUGCCAUGUCCUACUUUGUUGGGCAUGAAUCUGUCGAGAAUGGCCAUGCUGAGGAUGCUGGCUUUGCCAUCAAUGGUGGCAAGGGAUGGUCUGAUGUGGUUUUUGACAACCACAAGAUUGAUAUCACUGGCAAUACCGCCCUUGCCAUGGGCACCUACUUCUUCACCAGCGCUGCAGAUGGGAGCAAGACCAAGGUGGAGUACACGUUCGGAUACAGGAAGAAUGCGGACGGCAAGGUGCGCAUCUGCCUCCACCACUCGUCGGUGCCAUACAGCAUAACCCCAGCCUCUCCAAUUGCCGAGAUUACUGAAGCGGAAGUGAAAUGUGUGCAGGGAGCAUGGGCCAGGGCUAUCAAGGGUAUCUCUCAGACCUACCUUGAAGGAGGCGACUAUGUCACUGCUGCUGCAAGAGCAGCUGGUGAGCUCUAUGGUUAUGGCCACACAAACGUGCUCUUCAAGCCAACCAAGGCAGCCGCAAAGCAGUUUCGACCAACCGGCGCAGAUGCCAUGUCGUACUUUGUUGGGCACAAAGCGGUCGAGAAUGGCUUUGCUGAGGAUGCUGGCUUUGCCAUCAACGGUGGCAAGGGAUGGUCUGACGUGGUGUUCCAGAACCACAAGAUCGAUGUCAAUGAUGGAAGCAAGACCACAGUUGAGUACACCUUCGGCUACAAGAGGAACGCCGAUGGCAAGGUGCGCAUCUUCCUCCACCACUCGUCAGUCCCGUAUAGUCUGCCUCCCACCGCUCCAACUGCGGAUAUUGCCGAAGAGGAAGUGGAGAGUGUGCAGGCAGCGUGGGCCAGCGCCAUCAAGAGUAUCUCCAAGACCUACCUUGAUGGAGGAGACUACGUGGCAGCUGCUGCCCAAGCAGCUGGUGAGCUCUACGGCUAUGGCCACACAAAUGUGCUCUUCAAGCCCACCAAAGCAGCUAAGGCACCGUUUCGACCAACCGGCGCAGAUGCCAUGUCCUACUUUGUUGGACACAAAGCUGUCGAGAAUGGGUAUCUUGAGGAUGCUGGCUUUGCCAUCAACGGUGGAAAAGGAUGGUCUGACGUCGUUUUUGACAACCACAAGAUUGACAUCACUGGCAAUGUGGCCAUUGCCAUGGGCACCUACUUCUUCACCAGCGCUGCAGACGGGAGCAAGACCAAAGUUGAGUACACCUUUGGCUACAAGAAGAAUGCGGACGGCAAGGUGCGCAUCUUCCUCCACCACUCUUCUGUGCCUUACAGCCCUGCCCAAGCCUCUGCAACUACCGAGGUUUCAGAAGAUGCAGUAGCAACUGCCCAGGCAGCAUGGGCUAGCGCUAUCAAGAGCAUCUCCAAGACCUACCUUGAUGGAGGCGACUAUGUUGCAGCUGCCGCCAAAGCAGCUGGUGAGCUCUAUGGCUACGGCCACACAGACGUGCUCUUCAAACCCACCAAGGCAGCCGAAGCACCAUUUCGACCAACCGGCGCAGAUGCCAUGUCUUACUUUGUUGGGCACAAAGCGGUCGAGAAUGGCUAUGCCGAGGACGCUGGCUUUGCCAUCAAUGGCGGCAAAGGAUGGUCUGACGUGGUGUUCCAGAACCACCAAAUCGACGUCAGCGGCAAUGUUGCCAUUGCCAUGGGCACCUACUUCUUCACCAGCGCUGCAGAUGGGAGCAAGACAAAAGUUGAGUACACCUUCGGCUACAAGAGGAACGCCGAUGGCAAGGUGCGCAUCUUCCUGCACCACUCGUCGGUGCCCUAUAGUCUGCCUCCCACCGCCUCAACAGCAAAGGUUUCUGAAGAGCAAGUGAAGAGUGUGCAGGCAGCAUGGGCCAGCGCCAUCAAGAGCAUCUCCAAGACCUACCUUGGUGGAGGAGACUACGUUGCAGCUGCUGCCAAAGCAGCUGGCGAGCUCUACGGCUAUGGCCACACAAAUGUGCUCUUCAAGCCCACCAAGGCAGCCGACGCACCAUUUCGACCAACCGGCGCAGAUGCCAUGUCCUACUUUGUUGGACAUAAAGCUGUCGAGAAUGGGUAUGUUGAGGAUGCUGGCUUUGCCAUCAACGGUGGCAAGGGAUGGUCGGACGUGGUGUUCCAGAACCACAAAAUCGAUGUCAGCGGCGACGUUGCCCUUGCCAUGGGCACCUACUUCUUCACCAGCGCUGCAGAUGGGAGCAAGACCAAGGUUGAGUACACCUUCGGCUACAAGAAGAAUGCGGACGGCAAGGUGCGCAUCUGCCUCCACCACUCGUCAGUGCCAUUCGCUGACAAAGCGAAGGUGCAGCCUGCAACGGUGAUGGGCCAAGUUUCCGAACGGCUUGUCGGCGCAUAG